AGGACAGGUCGGAGAAACUGAAGAUGCACCUGAGAACUCAGAGACGAAGGGAGAUGAAGGUGGUCCCGCCUAGACAACGGCCACUUUCCAUCUUCGUUCUUAGCCCUACCUUUUCGGGGUAUCUUACACAAAGAGCUGAUAUCUUUUGGGGUUUUAGAUCUACCACAAAGCCGCUCUACAACCCGGCCUUGGAUGCAACCCCAUCACGCUCCGCUAUCCAUGCAGACGAGAUGUACAGAAACUACAGCUUGAGAUCUCCCUGUGACGCCCAGGAGCGUCAUCACUUCCACCUACACAUACGCCUUUAUCUGCUACCACUAUGCCACGCUUCGACUCCUCGCCAUACGUCCCCCAUGACGAGACGAGUAUGAAGCGAAACCACUGCGCCGCCUCGAUACCCCAUAUUCUUGCCAGACGUACCACCAGUCUCCGUGCCAGGAGAAAUGUUAGAUACUAUACCAACAACUACACUUUUACCUUGCCCUACUCUUUCUUUUUCUCCUUCUUCCUCGCCAAAUCUCUCGUCGUCGUUUUCUUGUCCUCUUCCGCCUUAUCGCAGUCCCAGUACGGCUACAAUCCUACAUAACGACGCGCCCUUUUUGUUAUCGACAGGUUCAGAACGCAAGACUUUGGUGGGAAAAGGCCAUGAUGUGGCAAGAGCAUCACAACGAAAACACCCCCAGCACGCUAUUCUUCUUCUCCUUCUACUUACCCCCGAGUGUGUCCGGCAAGAAAUUAUCGUCUUGGUUCUCGGCUUUGAUACGCAAAUAAGAAGUCUUGUUGUAAUGGGACCACCGGAUGCUGGUUGAUGGUUCCGUGGGGAGGGGGUUUUUUUUUGGUUGCAAUAGGAGGGGAAAGGGGGAAGAGGAAGAGCAGGAGUCAUGGAUGGGUGAGUGUCGUGGGUGGUGGUGAUAGUUACCCUAGGGGAUGUGAAGGAAUGAAUUAUGGAUUAAAGAAUUUUUACGCCUUAUGCCCAAAGGGUUGUUGCUGUUGUGUUUGUUAUGAAAGGGAGUUUUAGUUCGGGAGCAUUUGUUCGGGCGUUUUUUGUAUCUGUUUCUUCCUUGUCUUUUUUUUCUCUUUGAUCGUUUUGGCAACCAACGUUCAACUGUCCCCUUUCCCUGUUAUUGCUACCAAGUAGUCGGUCAUGCUUCUUUUGUUAUCUCUAUCAUAGAAGAGUAAAGGGAGAUCAUGCAUAGCGAUCAUGGCGUUGGGUGCUGUAAAUAGGAUCAAUUUAUCAUGCGAUUAAGAG